AUGCAGUUCGACACAAAGUCAAUUGCGCUUGUCAAGAACAGCUCGAUCACGCUCGCUGUGGGAUUUGGGCUCGCUGCUUCCUACUGGCGCUCCUUGCCUCUCCUCGCCUUCGGUCUGUUGACAAUCGCCUUUGUACCGCUGUCGAUUGCUGCAGCCAACGAGCCCCGACCCUCCGAUCCAUGCCCUGCUUGCACCGGAUGGUCGGUGGCCCAAUACAUUGUCCUCGACUCAGAUGGCAACUGUGCAACACAGUGUCAGCCAUUCAUAGUAUUUGUUCGGUCGAAUCUGGUUACUGCUGGGAUCAUCUCUGCGUCCAUCGUAGCUUUGCACAAGCUCGUUAGCGACUACAUCGAGGGUCGACAACGUCGAGACCAAUAG